CGACGUCCAGGAUCGCGCGGCACCAGCAUGGGCAACCAGACGUCGACGUACAAUCCUGCGCGGGAAUCGGCAGAGCUCGGACGCCGACCGAACGACUAUGAACUCAUCCUUCUUUUCAAGAUGCAGACCAAGUUCCUCGUGCGCCUCGUCGAGUGUCCCUACCACGUGAGCCUCUUGGAGCGAUACUGGGACAGUAUGCAUGGCAACCAUGCCAACAACAACCAGGCGGUGUCAUUUCAGCGAAAAGGACCUGGGUGGCGCACGAUUGGGUUCACGACCGACAACCCGGCCGACGACGUUCGGGCGACCGGCGAGCUGGGUCUCGAAUGUCUCGUGUUCUUUGUGGAAAACUACCCCGGCGAAGCUCGAAUGAUGAAUCGUCGAGUGGGCGGGUAUCCGUUCGUCAAGGCGGCCGUCGCCGUCACGCGCGUCGUCAUCGAGAUCUUCCACAUCGUUGAAGCCGAUGGUUCUCGUGGCCAGUACCCCGUCCGCGACACUCUGUACUGGCAAAUCCUCGAAGACGACGCGAGCUUGUUUCGGCUCUUUGCGUUUUGCUUUCUCAUGUUUGACGAGCUUUUCUGCGACUGGGUUGCUUCGACCAAAACGCUGCCCCAAGCAGUCUGCCCGACGUCGACGGUUGCCCGCCUCGCCGAUCUUGGGAAGAACAAGUUGCUCGCAACGUUAAUGCGUGCACCCGAGCACCUGACGGACCUGACAGACCUGUGUGCCAACGGCCAAGUGCUGCGCCGCACAAACCUCAAGCUGAACGUACACGACCACAAACCAAAGUCGUCUCCGUGGGGACCAACCUCGACACGACAACCAUCGACAGCCACACAAUCGCCGCCGUUUGAUUUGUUUGAAGGCCUCGUGCAAAAAUAG